AAACACCCGCCCCCUAUGAUGACAGCCUGACGGAUCGCAGUGAAGAAGCCGAAGUGGAGCGGUCCUGAGAAGUCUGGAGUUUGCCACAGUCAACGCGUAACAACGCCGUUUCAGCAUUAUCCACAGGCACAGUGAAUUAUAGCUACAGAAUGGCUGUGGACAUCUAUGACUCUCAGUACUUGCUCAUCCUGGCCCCUUCCUUGGUCAUUGCCAUCAUGUUCCUCUUCUUCUGGCUGUUCAUGAAGGAAGCAUCCUAUGAUGAAGUGUUGGCCAGGCAGAAACGUGAUCUCAAGCUCCCACCAUCCAAACCAGAUGGCCGCAAGAAGAAUGAAAAGAAGAAGAGCAAGAAGAAGGAGUCUGCCAAUGUCGGAGGAGGUGGUGGAGGAGGAGAAUCAGAAGAGGACCUGCGGGAUUUUGAUGUUGUUGAUGGUGCCAGCAGCUCUACUCCAGAGAUUGAGGAGGAACCUCCGGUGGUGACUGCUGCAACACCAACACUUUCUGCCUACGUGCCUGUGGUAGUGUCGCCAGAAGCUCCUGCAGCUCUGAGGGAGAGAAAGAAGAAGGACAAAAAGGCUGCAAAGGCUGCUGCUUCUUCUGCUUCAGCUGCUGCUCUUCCCUCUGAGGGGCCAGUAGUGAACGGGUCGAAACCAGUAAGCCGUAAGGCAGAGCCACCUGUAGCUGUACCCAAACAGUCGAGUCCACCCUCUCCACAGCUUGAGGUUCAGCCCCAGGUGCUGGUGCAGGUUCAAGCUCAGGUGCAGGUUCAAGCUCCUGUUCAAGCUCAGACACCACCUCAGAUCUCUGCAAAAAAGAAAAAAAAAGAGAAGAAACAAAAAACUGAACCUGUGGAUGACCAGUCACCAGAGGUAAAAGUAGAGCAAGUGCCAGUCAAGAAAGAAGCUCCCGUUGUGGCUGAAACAAAAGUGAUGGAUGGUACACCCCCAAGUGGUACCGCUGGGAAAAAGAAGAACAAUUCCAAGAAACAAAGGAUUGAGACUAGUAUUGAUGAAGCCAAAGUUAUGGCCGAUGUAGCAGCUUCUGCCAACCACCAGGCACUCCAUAAUGACGACAUACCAGCUAAGAGUAGUAACAAGAAACAAAAGAAUGAGACUGAAAAAGAGAACACCGAGGUGAAGCUGAAGGAGUUGCUGUCCGGUCUCUCGAGCAUGUCUCUAUCAGAAGUGGAGGCUGUCAGUGUGAUGACACUUCUCAGAGAGAAGAGCCCCAAUGCCUUGGAUGCCUGGAACAAAUCUGCAGCCAGAGCUGACCCAGCAGCCCAGGAACAAGAGAGACUCCUUACAACUCUGCAGGAAGAGGCCUCCAUUGCCAAGGACAAAGUGAAGCAGCUCAGCCAGGAGCUUCAGGUUGAGAAGCAAAAAACAAACCGAGUGGAGGCUGUGAUGAGAGAGCAACGAGCAGCUUUGGAGAAAGAAUUGGGAAGCAUGCAGGCUAAAACGCAGGGCAGCUACCAAGAGCUCCAGAGCAUGCAGAUAAAAUUCCAGCAGGCGAGGGAGCAGCUGGAAAGCCAGAUCACCAGACUUCAGCAGGAAAACGGCAUCCUGAGAGAUGCAGUCAGCAGUGCCACCAACCAGAUGGAGAGCAAGAAUUCAGCCGAACUGAACAAGCUGCGUUCUGAGUACACUGCACUGAUGAAGGAAUUGGCUGAAACAAACAACAAGCUGCAGCAGGAGGAGCACCAGAGAAAGUCACUGGAAGUCAGCUACAAGCAAAAUGUGUCCCAGCUGGAGGCUCAGCUCCAGGAAGCUAAACGGCGCUGGGAGGAUCUCCAGAAUUUCCUCCACAAUGUCAGUGCAGAGAGAGAGAAGCUUCAAGCCUCCAAACAGGACCUCCACACCCAGCUGCUGGCGGCAGAAACUGAGAUGAACAGCAAGAAGAAGGAAAUCCAGACCCUACACGCCAACCUGACUGAAACCAUCGUCUCCAAAGAGCGGCUGGAGCAGAAGGUGAUAGAGUUGUUGGAGGCUUCACAGCAUAGUAUGACACAUGACUCUCUGCAGGCCCAGGUCCAGGAACUCGUGAGUGAAAAUAAAGCUCUUGCGGUCCAGUAUGAUACUCUACAAGCCCAGAAUGAGAGCCUGCAGGCACAGAUUUCUUCACAGGCUGCUCAUGUCUCCCACAUCGAGGAGCUACAGAAGCUGUUGGCAGAGAAAGAGCUGCAGAGGAAGAGUUUGGAGGAUUCUCUAAAUGCCGAGAGGAGUAGUGGCGCCAGCAGAGAAACAAACAUGCAGGCUUUGCAUAAUGACAACAUGUCACUGAAGGCAGAGAUUCAGAAUCUCCAGGCACAGAUUUCUGAUCAGGCUGCAUCCCAGUUGGCUUUGGACCAGAUUCAAAAGAGUGUCCAGGAGAGGGAGGAGAAAAUCAAAACUGUGGAAGACCUGCUGAAGACGGGAUUGAUUGAAGUGGCCAACAAGGAGGAAGAACUGAAGGCUGUGAGAGAAGAGAAUGAGAGACUGAGACAAGAAGUAGAGGCCUUAAAGUGCAAGACAGCUGAACAAGCAUCAUCUGAGUCAAGAGUGGAAGAACUACAAAGCAGGAUCCAAGAGAAGGAUGUGAAGUUAAAAUCACUGGAGGAGUGUAUACAGGCAGUACAAGAUGACAGCGCUGCCAGAGAGAGGACCAUUGAGACUCUGGAGCAGCAGUUGGCUGCCCUGCAGACUGAGAUGGAACGGCUGAGACGAGAGGUUGUGGAAGAGGUGCCCAGUUCUAAUACCAAGAUCCGAGAACUCCAGACUCAAAUAACUGCAAGGGACCAGGAAAUCCAGAUUCUGCAGGUUGAGCUGGAGACGAGGAAUAAGGAGAUGAGCACGAAGGUGGAGGAACUGCACCAGCAGGCAAUCACAAAAGAGCAGAACCAAGAGCUUCUCAUGGCGUUGUCUGAAAAGGAGAUGCAAAUAUCAGAUCUGCAGUCUGAGCUUGCUGACCUGAAGGACUCUGUGGAGCUUCACAGGAAGAAGAACAAUGAGCUUCGGGAGAAAAACUGGAGUGUAAUGGAAGCGCUUUCCUCCACCGAGUCCAUACUUCAAGGGAAGCUCAGCAAAGCUGUCAAGGAAAACCAGACGGCGCUAGCAUCGUCUCAGGCAGAGUGUCGAGAUUUUUUGCACAGACUUCUGCCCCAUGUGCCUCUGCCUACUGAACAGAAUCAUCAGGAGUGGCUUCACAAGUUCGAGAGGGCAGCAGCUGAAAGUUCGAUAGAGUCCAGUUGCAACUCCACAUCAGAAGACUGUGAGAGGUUGGCUGAGAAGCUGAAAGAGGCUGAAGAGACGCAAAGAAUUCUACAGAAAGACUGCGAAACGUACAAGAAGGUCUUGGCUGAGACGGAGGGCAUCCUGCAGUGCCUCCAGAGCAGCGUGGAACAGGAGGAGUCUCGUUGGAGGGUGAAGCUGGAGAUUUCACAGGAAGAGCUCAGAGAGAUGAACAUGAAAGUGUUGGCACUGGAGCAGGAGAUCGAGAGACUAACUGAUGGAGCAGAGCUGGAUAAUCUGAGAAGAGACAAACAGCACUUGGAGUCCGAGUUGGAGAGAGCAGAGCAAGAGAGUGCCACCUAUGUGACAGAAGUCAGAGAGCUCAAAGAUCUGUUGACCGAAUUGCAGAGCAAACUUGAUGGGUCAUAUACAGAGGCUGUCAGACAGAAUGAGGAGCUCAAUUUGCUGAAAACACAGCUUACUGAGACUCUGUCCAAACUGGAGACCGAAGAGAGUGAGAGGCAAAAGGUGGCUGGUGACCUGUAUAAAGCCCAGCAAUCUCUUGAUCUGAUUGAGGGGGAGCUUUUGAAGGUGACAGACAGCAACGAAGGCCUGAUCGAGAAUGGCAGCCUCUCGUCACAGAGAGAGGAGAUGGACAGAAAUGAGAAAAUGACUGCAGGACUGAACCAAACAGUCAGAGAACUGCAGCAGCUGCUACAAGCAGUCAGUCGACAACUCGCCAAGGGACACGAUGGCGAGGCUGGCAAGGACUUGCCUGAAGUAUAGGGAGAGGAAGAUGGACGCAGCCACCCCGACUGCACUACAGAGACCACCUUUGACCUUUGGUCUCUUCAGCACCACCACCACACCACACUGUCGCCCUCAGCUGCCUGCUCUCCCUCACUGUACCUGUACUGUAGGCAGCCUUUUACUGACUCAGACCAAAGCGCUGGCGGUCCAUUCAGACGCCAUGUAGGUCCCAAAACGAGCAGGUGGAAGGUUACCGCUAACUGCAAACACUCCAGACACCGCACCAAACGACAUAAUACCCCACUCCCAACCACAUUCCUCUUCUUCAGCAGCAUCACCACUUAAUUUUAUUAUACACAUAAAAACGAAUUAUGUGUGGAAACCAUUCCUCUGUUUCAAAGAUCUGUAUUUUUCAAGGAAGUCUUUGGAAUACUACAUUAGUCUUUUUUUGUUGUUUGUUGUUUUGAGGGCAGCAAUGCACACUUCCGUCUUAACGCAUUUUUGGUUUUCAGUCCUUUUAUUCUUAAGUUAUGUCAAGUUCAGAAGUGUCUGUUAGGACCUGCUGAAUGCCACUGUUGAUCUGAUCCACGCACACCGGCUCAGUGUUGAACGGGAGAGGGGAGAUCAAGCGGGGUCUCGGCAUAUCAGAAGAGUCACUACGUGACUGUAACUGUGGAUACACGUGGACAAAUUGUACACACGUCUGUGUUGCAGUGCUAAAGGCGGUUUCUGUGACGCUGGCUGUGAAAAGACGAGGCCAGGUUAACGGUCUGUAGGGUUUAUUCUAACUGCAGAUGCUCUAGAAAUAAGUGUCCCAUAUCUUCUGUAAUCAACACCCUGCUAUAUUAUUACUAAGUUCAUUAACACUGAAGAUUUUGUUCUUUUUGUAACAGGUGAUGUUAAUAAAAGGGAUGCUUGAUAUGUCUGC